AUGUUGUACAAGACAGUAAUCACCGCUGGUUUCGUUGCAGCCGUCGCGGCGGUCCCAGCUUCUAUCAGUCAGAUCAGUGAUGGUCAAAUACAAGCCGCCGCUUCUGCCACAGGUUCUGCAGCAGCUUCGAACUCUGCUCCAUCAUUUGGCUCUUAUUCCUACAAUCAGCAACCGUCUUUGAACAGUGCAGCAGUCUCAUCGGUUGCUUCAGUUGCCGGAAUUCCAGCAUCAGAAAUUCCAGGAGCCACUGUUCCUGCCCCGCCCGUUAUCAGCCCCGAAGUCACUGGUGUUACAAGCCAUGGUCCUUAUAGUGGCACACCAACUACUACUGGUGCUUUAAGUACCAUAGCACUCGCUAGUCGGGUACCAAUCCUGCCAGCCAGACAAGCAGAGACAACCUAUGUACCUGACGGUACCCUUCACGAACCACAGCCAAUUCCAUAUCAACCAGCAGGUGGUUUAGGAACAAAUGGUACAGAGCCAGUCUACCGUGUCCAAUCUGAUUUCGAUUAUCAAUCCAUCCUUUUGGGUCUUUACCAAGAGUGGAUUGAACUUGAUCUCUUCCAUGACAUUCUCGCCAAAUUUUCCGAAGAGGAAUUCACAGCUGCCGGUCUCACUCCCAGCGAUCGAUUCCUUAUAGAGUUCAUGGCCGAUCAAGAGUCUGGUCACGCUACCCUGCUUUCGAAUUUGCUUGGAGGACCAGGAGGUGCAACACCACAAUGCACAUACAAUUAUCCUUACAGUACAGUUACUGAAGCAUUUGACUUUGCUCAAAAGCUUACCAGAUUUGGAGAGUCUGGAGUGUGGGGUUUCCAAUCUCAUCUCGAUUCACGUGAAGUUGCACAACUUCUCGAUCAAUCUAUUGCCACCGAAGCACGUCAGCAAAUGAUCUUCCGUCAAUUUGCAGGCCUCUUCCCUAUGCCAGUUUGGUUUGAGACCGGUAUCCCUCAAUCUUGGGCUUGGACUCUUCUCGCUCCAUACAUUUCCUCUUGCCCAUCCGACUCCAAGCGUCUUGUUUGGCAAAACUUCCCACGACUCAUUGUUCUAAACCAACCAAACAUCGCUCGACGUAAUGCCACCCAAACUGGUUUCAACGAGACUGUUGGAUUUGGAGCUGCUGCACCAAGCAAGUCAAACUUAACUCAAAUUGAUUCUUGUAUUGGUAACAACGUCACUGGUUUCGAUUGCUCAGCAUCCGUCUCCCAAAACCGAUCUAUUCCUCUCUCCUAUCCAGGACGCGAAGUCUUCCUCCAAUGGGAUAACCCAGGACAAGCUGUUGGACCAAACAACUCCUACGUUACCUCCACCGGCGCUGGUGCACCAGAAUUUGCUAUGUGGGUUUCGCAGUUGAAUGUUACAUAUUCACCUCUCAUGAACGUUUCAUCAGCCAAUGGUGUUAACUAUGGUAUGACCAUCCAACCAGAUGUUUCUACCUAUGAGGGUGACCCAGCUAUUAACGGUACUAUGUUCUUGGCUUUGACGGAUACAAACCACGUGUAUACUGCUUUUAACUUGUCAAAUGUCAAUCCACAUGUGGUUGCUUUGGCUAUGUAUCAAGCUGGUUAA